GAAUCUGAAGAAUAUGAAUUAACUUCUUCUCAUAACAAACCUAAAGAAUAUAGACAAACCCUUUCUUGUUAUGAAUCUAAAGAACUUGAAUUAAGCUCCUUCACUUUAAAUGAAUCUAAAGCUA